AUGACCGCUCACGAAGCCCCCCAAUAUGUCGCGGACGACAUUGAAGUCUACAAUGACUCCACCGAUGCUGAAAAGCAGUACCAGAAAGAUUCUGUCCCUGAAGAUGACCCCUUUGGAAAUGAAGAAUCCGGGGAAGUCAAGUAUCGAGUCAUGAAGUGGUGGCAAGCUGGAAUGCUUAUGGUUGCCGAAAACAUUUCGCUUGGUAUUCUAUCUCUUCCGUCUGCUGUGGCCACUCUUGGAAUUGUCCCUUCGUUCCUCAUUCUUCUCGGCCUUUCUGGCAUUUCAUGGUAUACCGGAUAUGUCAUGGGCCAGUUCAAGCUGCGCUUCCCCCAGGUGCACAGUAUGGGUGAUGCCGGUGAACUUCUUCUGGGUCCCAUAGGCCGAGAGGUUGCCUUCGUCGGCCAGCUGCUGUUCAUUAUCUUCUUGAUGGCCAGUCACAUCCUUACAUUCUCCGUGUUGUUUAACACCAUCACCGACCACGGCACCUGCACUAUCGUUUUUGGUGUCGUUGGCUUGAUCUUUUGCUGUAUUUGCGCAUUGCCACGCACAUCUGGAAAGGUAUUCUAUAUGUCGAUUGUUUCUGCUAUUAGUAUCCUGGUCGCCACUCUUGUUACCAUGAUCUCUAUUGGAGUCGACGCCCCCGAUAAUGUUCAAAACGAUAUCACCACCGAAGUCUCCUUUGUCGACGCCUUCCUUGCUGUCACCAACAUCGUUUUCGCCUACAUUGCCCAUGUGUCUUUCUUCGGCAUCAUGUCUGAAAUGGAGGAUGCGCGCGAGUUCCCGAAGGCCCUCGCUAUGCUGCAGGUUGUUGAUACUACAAUGUACAUUGUGACGGCGAUGGUUAUCUACUGCUACGCAGGCCCCGACGUGAAGUCUCCAGCUCUGUCGUCAGCUGGCCCGAUCAUGAAGAAGGUCGCUUACGGCCUGGCCAUUCCAACUGUUGUUGUUGCCGGUGUCGUUUUCGGUCACGUUGCCUGCAAGUACAUUUAUGUUCGUAUCUUCCGUGGCGAUCGCUCCCACCACAUGCACCAAAACAGCCCUCUUGCACUCGGAACCUGGGUUGCUAUUGCCCUGAGCACUUGGACUAUUGCCUGGAUCAUCGCCGAGUCGAUUCCUGUAUUCAACGACUUGCUCAGCUUAAUCAGUGCCUUAUUCGGUAGUUGGUUCAGUUACGGACUGCCCGCCCUAUUCUGGAUUGUUAUGAACAAGGGACAGUUGACCGCCAACUGGAAGAAGAUCACUCUCUUGAUCAUCAACCUCAUCAUUCUGGGAAUUGCCUGCGCUAUCUGCGGUUUGGGACUUUACGUCUCAGGCAAGUCGAUCAACGAAAGCUCGUCCAAAGCUACCUGGACUUGCGCCAACAACGCCACUUAG